AUGUUAUCUAGCUCGAUUGCUUUUGCGGUAAUUGAGGUUCGAUACUUCUUCCUUCUAUGCGAGGAUUCUAAACCAAUGCCAUCCCCGAGGCAAACUCACAGACAGCUCCUAGGCCAGGAAAAAGACGUCAGGCUGACGUCUUUGAUCAAAGGUCUCCUAGUGUGGCACGGAUCCUCCCUUAGUACUUAUGGGGCAAGCCCUUUCAUUUCAAGGCGGUUGAAAGCAGCAUUCCUUCCAAAUGUUUCGGGGUCUACCCACUUCGUUACACUGGAGAACUACCUAGAUGCUGCAUCAAGGUUCUUUCUUAGAGAUGCCCUUGGGUGGCAUGAAGAAGUGAACGCCUUUCGACUAGAAGCUAACGUGCAGAGUCACCACUAG